UUUAUUCUGAAGGUGGCCCGGAAGUCGUCGCCUUAUCGUAGCUUGCCCGAUGCUGUCAAAGUCCGCUAGACGAUCAUUAAACUAACAGAAAAACAGAAAUAUAAAGUAUAUCAGUGAUAGUAAACUGAACGCAGCUGCUUUAGAGAAGCUACACGUCUACGCUGAGAAACUGUUUCACAGAUUUAAAAGCCUCAUUUCACGUUAAAGUCGACUGAAGUUCCAAGCUAAUGUCAUGUUACCUGAAGCUAACCUGAGCUAACAGGAUUAGCUCCUUUAAGUGGUUGAUAACUAACAGUUGACGGUUGUUAAAUGGCCGCUGAGCGGAGCCGUUGGUCGCGCCAGCCUGGAGAGCUGUAAAGGAUGCUCCAGGUGCCUUACGGCAGCCUGGACCGGGACCGUCUUCUCAUCCGGAUCCCGUUCACCAGCUUCGCCGUGGCGACCGUGCUGCUGCCUCUGACCGGCCUCAUCGCCUGCCUCUUCAUCUCACUCAUCUACCACUUUGAGGACGCUGUCUACACACACUGCCAGGUAUCAAACUACCUCCCGUCCAUCAGCGCGGCCAUCAGCCGCGUGCCUGAGCGUUACAUCUGGCGCUGCUGCAUCGGCCUGCACUCGGCGCCGCGCUACCUGGUGGCCGCGGCCUACUUCAGCUUCUACCGCGGCCGCUUCGCCAGGCUGCCGGAGCUGCUGCUGAGCGGCCUGGCGUUGCUCUGCAGCCUCGCCGAGAACACCGGGCUGCUGCUGCUCACGUACGUGGCGUCCACGGAAACCUACAGUCUUCAUAAAAACGGUUUCAUCGUGUUCGUCGGGAGCUCGCUGCUGCACAUGCUCGUUACGUGCAGACUGUGGCAGGUGAUCAGGAGAAACUAUGUGGACCCAAAGGAGAAGACGUCGUAUCGCUGGAAGCUGCGUCUCUUCCUGUUUAACGUCAGCUGCUGUUUGGCCGCCGCGUACUUCUUCAGACGCCACAACAAGUACUGUGAAGCCGGAGUCUACACCCUGUUCGCCCUCUCGGAGUACCUGGUGGUUUUCUCCAACAUGGCCUUCCACAUGACGGCCUUCUGGGACUUUGGCAGCAAAGAGGUGAUCGUGGCCACGCCGCCUGAAGACAAGCGCUUCUGAGGACUGUUUUUUAAGAAAAAGGUGACGGAAACAUUCUUAUAUCUGAACACGGGAAGGCGGCGUCCAGCCUGCUGAACUGACGUCUAGGGUCCAAUCGUUUCAUCCGUAGCAUCUGAAACUAAAAGAUCUGAGGAAUCCAUCGGGAAGGUAGUUAGAAAACGCUCCAAAGAAAGGCUUUUAUUUUGGCGGGGUGAAAAACUGGCAUGGUCGUUCUAACAGAGUUCCCUCUGUCACCUCUAGAUAUCCAACGUGAUAUCAUGACUUCACGUAAACAUACACGC